AUGAGAGCUGCUUGGGUCCUUGGAGCCCUGUGCCUGGUGUUUAACGCCUCGCAACUAACAACGGCAUUGCCCUUGUUUGAAAUUCCAAACGAUUACGAUCUUGAUGGAGUUGCAUGUCCUCUCAAACCAUCUUACGAUGCUGUCUGCCCUCAACUGUGUGUUACAGAUCUAGCAAACUGUCCUUCUGGUCUGGCAGCAACCUGCGCUACAGGCCUCCAGUUCUGUGGUGACGGUACUUGUCAAGAAUCAUGCGAAGGAAUUGCCAAUAUUUGUCAGUGUGGUGAUCCCUCGCUCGCUGCAAACUAUUUUGCCUGUGCUGCCGGCCAACUGAUUAAUAUUACCCACUUUGAUCCCACCAACAAACUCACCCAGGCCCGCACUUUGUGCGGUCAAGCUGCCGGAAUAUCUAAUACCGACGCUAUUAAUGUUUGGGGUACUUUCGAUACCCCUUCUAUCUGGGCUGAAUGUCCACCACUUCCCGAACCAUACUUCAAUUUUACGGAGCCUAUGUGGAUCGCUGUGUGGGCACUGAUGGGUGCUGAAGCAGCAAUCCUCUUGUUCUGGUAUGCAUACAAACACGUUCGAGAAAUUCGUUUCAACCGUCUUCUUGCUGAAUCAGUGGCAUCCGGUGCAAUCAACGAAAAGGCAACAACAAAACUUCCUAGUGAAAACGACAGCACCAAAGAAAAGUCCUCCUCAAUUCAGGAUAUCAACACUGGUACUUCGGUCAAUGAAUCUGAACGUCUUCAUUUCAGAGGAUACGUCACAGAUUACUUUGGCCUGUUUGGUUUUGGUUCUGUUGUGGUCGUUACUCUUCUGUUCUUCGUCUUUAUUGGAAUAAUUGUGGGCGAUUAUUACGGAACAGUAACAGGAGUAGCUUUUGAAGUCUUUUUGACAUCCGACUUGUCAUCCAAGAUAUUUUGCGCUGUUUGGCAUAUUGCUGCUACCUGGUUUUGUGUUGUGAUGCUCUUCCGCAAGACAAUUCGAAACUACUUUAGAAUCGAGUCAUUCCCCCAUACCAGUCCUUAUGUACAGGUAGAGCGUCGCCAGGCUGAGGUCGUCUUCCUUGAAGAUGAUAGCAAAUGGCUCAAGAAACUCCGUGAAAUCGAACAGCGCGCAGUUAAACGUUUGGGAAUGGAUAUAGUUAUUGAAACUUGCCCUGUGCAUCUUACACCCAACAAUCUCCGAUACUUUGAGUAUGAGUGCAUGCGUUAUGUAUUCAAUGCCACAAGCAUGCGCUUCGAGCCCUAUGAAUUUGACCUUGGAUCGACGAACCGCAAACUUCAAAGCUGGCAAGAUGGUCUGACAUCCGAGGAAGCCCAUCAACGCCUUGGUUUACUGGGUUCCAACCUUAUCAAAGUAUAUGUACCCACUGUUUUAAUGGCCAUUAUCCAAGAUUACUUUGCCUAUUACAAAAUGGGUCUCGUACAGACUGGUAUCAUUUUAUCUGCUGCCUUUAUUCGAGUCAUCCUCAGACUACGUGCGGAGCACCGUAUCAAGGAAAUGGCUGAGACCGAAACAAAGGUUACCGUACUCAGAGACGGCAUUUGGAAAGAAGGUGUCUCAAGCGCUGAUCUUGUACCAGGCGAUGUGUUUGAAGUCGAGCAGCAUUCUGAUGUACCCUGUGAUUGUGUACUCCUCAGUGGUGCCGUAGUUGCAAAUGAAUCUUCUCUGACUGGUGAAGCCAUGCCAAUCCGCAAAUUUGCGAUCGGUGUGGACGAUAAUGACUAUGAACCCAACGGAUCCAGCAAAGUCAAUUCUCUUUUUGCUGGUACAACAAUUGCCCAGACAAUGCCCACAACUGUAGCAGGAGAGUCUGUGAACCGUGUUCGCGCAUUGACCCUCCGCACAGGUAUUGCAAGUGAAAAGGGUAUGCUGAUCCACAAAAUCUUGUUCCCUGCCCCCGUCUCUUUCAUCUUCAAUGAACAUCUCAAGGUUGCCAUAUCUAUCCUCUUACUCUGGGGUGGUCUUGCCUUCAGUCUGGCUGUCUACCUCAUGGGUCGCGGUAACAUCACCAGCUGGUUCUAUGGCGUGUUUGUCAUAUCCGAGAUCUUCUCUCCCCUCUUGCCUGCUGCCUUUACAAUCAACCAGUCCGUGUGCGCCACUCGUCUGAGACGCAAGAAGAUUCUCUGUAUUGAUUUACCCAGAAUCAAUCUUUCCGGAAAAGUCCGCAUCUUCUGCUUCGACAAGACCGGCACACUCACCCGAGAAGGCCUUGAGUUUUAUGGCGCUGUAGCCCACACCACCAGCGCUGGUUUUGGCGAACGCCAUGAAAAUCCCUCAGAAAUAGAACAGACCCUUGCACGCGGUAUCGCAACCUGUCAUGCUGUCACGAAGGUCGGCGAUCAAUUCAUUGGAAACCCAGUCGAUAUUGAGUCUUUCCACGCCAUGAAAUGGGAGCUCUUCCCUCCCGCCGACCCCUUGUACCUUGACACCCUCAUCAGCCCCGUCUCGUCCCCAGCCGCUGGAGCCACCUCAUCGCCCGUUCACGUAUUGCGGCGCUUUGAAUUUGUCCAUGCUCGUGCCUCCCAGUCAGUUGCUGUGCUUGAUCCAAUUACUGAACAUGUUCAUGUCUACCUAAAAGGUUCUUUUGAACGCGUUAAGCAUCUCUCACGCUCUUCAUCUGUCCCUGCUGACUAUGACCAAAAGGCUGCUCAGUACGCACAAAAGGGCUGUUAUGUCCUUGCCAUGGCCCAUCGCGACCUCGGUGUUCUCGGUAAAGAUAUUGAGAUGGAAGAUAUCAAGACCAUGAGUCGUGAUGCUCUUGAGCAAGACUCUGAUUUCUGUGGAUUUAUCUUAUUCCGUAACAUGCUCAAGCAUGACACUACCGAUGCUAUUUCCCAGCUCAAGGGAGGUGAUACUCGCGUAGUCAUGAUUACUGGUGAUACUGCUCUCACAGGUAUCUUUAUUGCCCGUCAGUGCGGUAUGAUUUCCCCCAACCAGCAAGUAUUGCUUGGUGAUGCUGUAAAUGGAUCCGUGAUGUGGCAUGAUGUGGACUCUGGAGAACGCGUUAAUGUCGAUCAGUGUCUCGAAGAAGAUCAUCGCGAAAAACAUGAAAAGCAAAUUGAAUUGGCAAUUACUGGACGUGCUUUUGAACUGUUAAUCCAGCGUGAAGAAAUUGGAAAGUAUUUAUUGCACACUCGUGUGUUUGCUCGUAUGACACCCACCGACAAGGUAGACUGUGUUCAACUUCAUAUGGAAAAGGGUGUUACAGCCAUGUGUGGUGAUGGUGGUAACGAUUGCGGUGCUCUGCGUGCCGCACACGUUGGUAUUGCCCUGUCUGAAGCCGAAGCUUCUAUUGUGUCUCCUUUCAGUACCAGCAACCGUUCUAUUAUGCAAUGUGUUGAAUUGCUCAAACAAGGUCGUAGUGCUCUGGCCACUAGUUUUGCCAAUUUCAAAUUCCUGAUCUUUUAUGGCGAGUGUAUGGCUUUCUGGGAAUUGAGUAUGUUUUACUUCACUGUAAUUGCACCCCAGUCUUCUUGGAUUACCAUCGAUGGUUUUAUUACUACUACCAUGACACUUGCGAUUACCCAGGCUCAACCUGCUGCUGUUCUCGGUCCGUCGCGUCCUACUGCCAAGCCUAUUGGUGCUUACACACUUGGAUCCGUGCUUGGUGUUAUUUUUAUCAACUUUUGGUUCCUCGCUGCCGGUGUUGCUUGGCUUUUCCAGCAGGAUUGGUUUAUCUGUAACCAAUUUGACGCGUCUGCAGUUGACUCUGCCAAAUGGUGGUUGAUUGGCGAUAAUUAUGAGGCUGAGUUGCUCGUCCUAAUUAUCAUGUUCCAAUUCUUUAACAACGCUGCUGUUGUGAACUUUGGCUCUAUUUACCGUCAGUCCUGGUGGCGCAAUUAUGUGCUUGUAUUCAUCUGGUCCGCCUUUUUUGUCAGUACCAGUUACUUGAUCCUCGCCGAUCCCAACCCUUACAGUUGCAUUUUUCGUAUUAACUGUGGUACGGCGGAGACAUUGGUUGAGCUCGGUUACCCUGAGCCUAACUGGACAAUCGACCCUUACAACUCUCCUAUUGGACACAAUGUCCUUCCUAAGGCCUUCCGUUGGAAACUGUGGGGAUACGUACUUGCGAACAGUCUUGCCACUGUUCUCUGGGAACGUGUUGUCAUGCAGCAUUUUGGUAAAAAGUAUAUCAUCAGACGCAACAAAACCAACCCUCCCAAGGACCGCAUUCUAUUUAAGCUUUAA